AUGGCCGAACAGCGACACGGGCCGCUGUCUGUGAUCCAUGCGGGCCUCAUGCGCACCGGUACACUAUCAAUGAAGCGCGCCUACGAGAUGCUCGGCCUGCGCGCGCAUCACGGCUUCGAGAUGGACUCGUGGGAUGACUAUGCGGGGCUAGAGCUCGCGGCCGAGGCCACGUGGCCGAGCGUGCCUGGCGCGCGGAAGCCCGUGCCCCCACCCUUCACCAGCGCCGACUGGGAGCGGCUGUUCCCCAACUAUGACGUCGUCACCGACCUGGCCUCGCUUUUCGCCGAGGAGAUGAUCCGCACGUAUCCCGAGGCCAAGGUGGUGGUAGUGCAGCGGGAUUUUGACGCCUGGUGGGCCAGCUUCGCGAGCGCCGUCCUAUCAAAGGAUAUCCCGGGCAACUCACUCGCCUUGGCGCUGGUCCACGCCCUCUAUCGGGCAGCCGGGACGCGCGUGUUCGACGCCGUCUCAAAGAUGGUCAACGGCGCCUUUGGCACGCAGAUGUACCGCGAUAUCACCACCGAGAAGGCGAGAGCCUUCUAUGACGCAUACUACAGCCGCAUCCGCCAGAUGGUGCCCGCGGAGCGGAGGCUCGAAUAUAGUUUAAGCCAGGGCUGGUAG